UUCCAAUUUGCUGGGUGAUCAACGGCAGUGAGUGAAGGCAUUGCGAUCCUGUGGGCAGAAGCCUCCACUAAUCAGUUCCAGAAGGACAACCUCCUGCGGUUGGCUGGGCUGGAGAAGGAGAAGCUGAGCGGCCGUUUCUCUUCCUGCCGCAGAGAGUACUCGCAGCGGAUCAUGGCUGUGGAUGAAGUGCGCGUCGUUCGCCCGUUUAAAUUGAUCGCCCUGAUCUGUGUCUUCGUGGCGUUGAGUCUGGACGUGGUUUCCUUGCUGAGUCCAGCCUGGGUCACUGCCCAGCGGUCCUCGCUCUCUCUCUGGGAUGACUGCAAACAAACUAUGGCUGGAUGGUACUGCGAGUCUGUGCUACACACAGACUGGCAGAUCGCUACACUGGUGUUACUACUUGCCGGGGGAUCUAUCACUCUCAUUGCAUUCCUCUUCGCUGUGAUCUCACUUUGCAAGGGUGCUCACAAACGCUGUUACAGGACCAUUUCUGUUAUGCUGUUCAUUUCAGUUGUUUUGCAGGUUUGUGCCCUGAUUUUAUAUCCCAUCAAGUUCAUUGAUGCCAAUACACUGAGGACAUAUCAUGAAUUCAACUGGGGCUACGGUAUUGCCUGGGGUGGCACUAUCUUUAUGCUUGGAGCAGCCAUACUCUAUUGUCUGAAUACAGACACUUACGAGGAAGAAUAUUAUUAGUUCCUUUCUGCACCAGCUGAAUUAAUAAUUAUAAGAUUUAAUGGCAAGAUGAAGUUUUGCUGUUGAAAGAUCAGUUAGAAAAUAUGAAUUUGAGAAAAAUGUUGAACAAGAUCACAAUGGACAGCAGACAUUCCUAGAACUAUUUCUUUAGUUCUAGCAAGAGCAGUUUUUGAGAAUGACGGAAUGUCCAAGGAAGAAAGAAAAGCUCAGAUCAUGAGGAGUGGCACAACAUGUCUUGUGCAAUCUUUACAUCAUUUGCUUUUAGGUUCAGCUAAUUCCAGGAGGAAAUAAUUAGCCUUUAUUAUGUGCACAUUCUAUCUCACUGAAGCAGUAUUCCAUCGCGCAAUGAUUGCUUAUCAUUAGUUAAAUGCACUAUUCCAGAACUUAGACGAUUAAUUUCUUUCUGCUUUCAACGUGUUGUUUUGGCCUUUGAUUUGCUAUUUUUUGUCGAAUUGUUUUAUUCUUUUGUCAUAAUAAAUAGUAGGUCUACUACA